GCCCAAGGGUCGUGCCCCAGUUUCUUUCUUAAAGUCAUUAAGAAAACAUGUUCCAAAUGUUUACUGGAAAAAUGAUGAAAAAGUUGCUCGGCGACGAACUGCCCAUGCACAUCUCACCCACCGGGCUUACAAAAACAUCAUAGUACGACGAUGUGGAUCUGGACUGCAUCGUCGGUCAGCUCAGGACGCAAGCAGUGACGCGUCGGUCUGCCUAUUUAACCAACUCCGCUAUGUGUAUCAGCGCAAUCAAGCAAGCAGAGCGCACACACGCGUCCAUCUCCAAGAAGCGAAAGCCAGUAGAACAGAGCAAACCAAGCAAGGUUGGAUGGCGCCGGCGGUGAAGGUGUACGGGUGGGCGGUGUCGCCGUUCGUGGCGCGCCCGCUGCUGUGCCUGGAGGAGGCCGGCGUCGACUACGAGCUCGUCCCCAUGAGCCGCGCGGCCGGCGACCACCGCCAGCCGGACUUCCUCGCCAGGAACCCCUUCGGCCAGGUCCCCGUCCUCGAGGACGGCGACCUCACCCUCUUCGAGUCGCGCGCGAUCGCGAGGCACGUGCUCCGGAAGCACAAGCCGGAGCUGCUGGGCUGCGGCUCGCCGGAGGCGGAGGCGAUGGUGGACGUGUGGCUGGAGGUGGAGGCCCACCAGUACAACCCCGCGGUCAGCGCCAUCGUGGUGCAGUGCAUCAUCUUGCCGCUCCUGGGCGGCGCGCGGGACCAGGCGGUGGUGGACGAGAACGUGGCCAAGCUCAAGAAGGUGCUGGAGGUGUACGAGGCACGGCUGUCGGCGUCGAGGUACCUCGCCGGGGAAGACAUCAGCCUCGCCGACCUCAGCCACUUCCCCUUCACGCGCUACUUCAUGGAGACGGAGUACGCGCCGCUGGUGGCGGAGCUCCCCCACGUGAACGCGUGGUGGGAGGGGCUCAAGGUCAGGCCGGCCGCGAGGAAGGUGACGGAGCUCAUGCCGCCGGAUCUUGGGCUUGGAAAGAAAGCAGAGUAGUGAUGACCGCCUGACAAUUACGCCGGACUGCCGCCCACGUUCACCAAAAUCGAGAACUGUCGAGUCUCCGGUUCUGCGUUAUACCGCACCGCGGCACCGGCAUGUAUGUUCUGUGCCACUGGCUCAUGUUUUGAGGUUUUAGUCUCACGCUUGAAUAAAAUGCAAGAUACCCAUCCGUUCCAAAA